AUGAGGGCUACAAAGGAUAAAGUUCCAGUUUUCAAGGGUUCUUUUUCUGGGAGAAGCACCUUCUUCCCGGAGACCCUCUCCCUGAGCAUCAGCCCGGUCACCCAGGCAGACAGCGGCAACUACUCUGCAGAUUUUGAGACUGAAUCUGGCUUCGGUCCUCAUCAGCGGUUCUGCGUGUCGGUGUGGAAGCCCGUCAGCCGGCCAAACCUGCAGGUGCGCAUGCUGCAGCAGGAGCAGGGCUGGUGCAACAUCUCGCUGCUCUGCUCCGUGCCCGGUGCUGCUGCUAACACCUACAGCUGGUCCCAUGAUGGGGCUCCCCUGGGGCACGGGAACGUGCUGUCGGUGCGUGGGGACUCCGAGCCCAGGACCUACGUCUGUAACGCGAGCAACCCGGUCAGCUGGAGCACGGCCAGCAUCGACACCGCGACGGUCUGCCUCCCUCCGGGCGCAGACGUUUCGUGGCGCUACUGCAGAACCAAGGGGGUUCUCAGCCUCCUGGUUCUGGGCAGCCUGGUGGCAGCUGUGGUCAUCACGCAUGUCCUCACGUGGCAGCAGGACACGAGCCAGGCGGUGGCAUCCCUGUCCCAAAGCACUGGACCCCCUAGGAAGGGACUCACAAGCAGCCCGACCCAUGUGAUGCUGCUGGAGGCCGUCCACGUGGUGACCAAGGACUGA